AUGCCCCCAACCAAGAGCAUAUCAGUAUCCCUCCACCCCGCCCUCCCCACCGACGCCCCCACCCUCGACGAAAUCCACAGCAAAGCCUUCCCCAACGACCUCCUCCUGGAGGUCAUGUACGGCCCCCGUGAAGAAAACACCGUAGGCCUAGCUCAGGACCUAGAGAAAGCUAUCCGGGAAAACCCCAACGCCCGAUUUACGAAGGCCGUUGAUGACGAGUCGGGCCGGGUUGUCGGGUGGUCGUGGUGGAUUAUCUAUCGCGAUGCAGAGGCCCAUGUAAAGGCGGAGCAGGAGGCGGUUAAGAAGCGUGCUACGCCGCCGCCGAGGUCGAUUUGUCCAAGGGCGUGCUUGGAGUAUCGGCAGUUGGUGGUGGAGAAGAGGGAGAGGUGGAUUGGGGGGAGGGGGGUCGCUAGUGAGUUUCUAUUUCUUUCCUUUCUUCUUUUGGCUUUUUGGGGUUUGGUGGCGUUGUUGUUGUCUUGUGGGAGGAGUGGGUGGGUAUGUCUGACAGAUAUAAUAUAG